AUGUCGGAGUCUGAUGAAGACUACUCCGAAGGAUCUGAGAGCGACUCGAGCAUCGCGCUUGCUCACCGCAAGCAGGUGCUUUACACUUUCUCCUCUCGGAAAACAAAAGCCACCAUUCAAGCAGAGAUCGAUGAGGAGCCCGAGACAGAGACGAGGCUGGGCCUCUUCGACCUCCUGUGCAUCGGCAUCGGUAGCACUGUCGGCUCCGGGGUUUUCGUCUUGAGCGGAUCGGUGCUUCCUGUCGCAGGUCCAUCAGCCUGCAUUUCCUGGAUCUUGGCCGGCCUGGCCUGUGCUCUGUCCGGCCUGGCCUACAUGGAGCUUUCGGCGCGGCUACCAACACGAGGAAGCUGUUACACGUUUUCCUACCACGGCCUCGGCGAGGUUUUUGCUGUCAUAGGCGCCUUCUGCAUCACGAUGGAGUAUGGGAUCUCCGGGGCCGGUGUAGCCCGGAACUGGUCAGAGAAGAUGGCCCACGUGAUAGGUCCUGGCUACCGCAAGGCAUUUUACAUCUUCUGGGGCGAGGGCACCUGGCCUGAGGGGACCACCGACCGGAGCAACAUGAAUCGGACGGAUGAUCACUACAUUGACAUUGCUGCGGGAUUGAUGACUGCGGGCUGUACACUGCUGCUCAUGGGUGGACUCUCCUUGAGCAAGCCGGUCAUCAAUGUGAUGACCAUUCUGAAGAUAUUGCUGGUGGCCUACAUGGUGACAAUGGGCUUCGUGUCUCCUCAGAUAGACAUCGUGGAAUCCAGCGAUGCCUUCAUGCCAAAGGGCUUGUCCGGAAUCAUCAAGGCCACCACGCUCCUCUUCUUCGGCUUCAUUGGCUUUGAUGAGGUCUGCUGCCUGGCAUCGCAGGCCCGCAACCCAGCCAGGACCAUGCCCUUGGCUCUCAUCGGGACGCUUGCUGGCGCAGCUGUCAUAUCAUUCACGGCCCAGCUCGCCUUGUGUUUGAACGCUGCACCCGGCGUGGCCACAGACUUCCCACAAGUCUUCGAGAGUAAAGGCUUCGCAGUGGCGGCCUGGAUUUCUCGCGUCGGGGAGUUGGUUCUUCUACCUCUCGUCGUCUUGCUGUCCAUCCUUCCGCAGCCGGAGGUGUCAGCACCGAUGGCACGAGACAGGCUCUUGCCUUCGAUCUUUGCCCGACAAUCCCAGCGCACCGGCAACUUCACCUGGGGUUUGGCUCUGACUGGGCUCAUCGCGCUGACCGGACUUGCCACCUUUUGCCCCUUCAGCGUCCUUUGGGAUGUGAUUAGCCUGGGCGUGCUGCUGAGCUUAAACCUCAGCAACGCUGCGCUGAUCAACAUCC